AUGGCAUCUGAAGCAAACCAUAUCCUCAUCACGGGUGCUGCCGGCUUCAUAGGCCAGGAGCUGAUCACCGCCCUCCUCCUCUCUUCCCCCUCGAUCCAUCUCACGGCAACAGACAUCACGACGCCGCGCAUCCCACCAGGAUCCAUCGCCCAUGCAUCCCGCGUAACAGCUGUGCAAACAGACCUCACUUCCCCCGAGGCAGUUGCGUCCCUCCUCGCGCAUCACUCCCGCUUCAACGCGAUCUAUCUCCUCCAUGGCAUCAUGUCCGGCGGCGCCGAGGCGAAUCUUGACCUCGGCCUCCGCGUCAACCUCGACAGUCACCGUUUCGUUCUUGACGCGCUCCGUCAGGAGACCUCUCCGCACCGCGGCACUGUCGUCAUCUUCCCCAGCUCCCUGGCCGUCUACGGGCCCGCGGCGUCGGGGCAGGUCAACACCGAGUCGACGUUCACGACACCGCAGUCCUCGUACGGCGUGCAGAAGCUCAUGAUAGAGACGCUGCUCGGGGACUACUCGCGUCGCGGGCUCCUGGACGGGCGCAUCGUGCGGCUGCCGACCAUCAUCGCGCGGCCUGGGGCGCCGAGCGCCGCGGCCUCGUCUUUUGCAUCCGGCAUCGUGAGGGAGUCGCUCAAGGACGAGGAGAACGUCUUGCCUGUGCGGCCGGAGCUGGCCAUGUGGGUGUGUUCGCCGAGGACGGUGGUGGGCAACUUGGUGGCGGUCAAGGACAUUCACCGUGACCAAUUUGGACGGUCCAGGGUCGUCAACCUUCCGGGAGUCACCGUUACGGUUGCUGAUAUCCUGGAUGCCUUGGAGACUAUCGGGGGUAAAGAAGCACGAAGCUUGGUCAGAGAGGAGAGGAACCCCCAGAUCGAGGCAAUUGUGGAAAGUUGGCCGGCCUUUUUCGACGUUUCAAAAGCGCUCAGCUUAGGACUUGCUCAGGAUGGGGACCUGAUCACGACUGUAAAAGAUUUCGCUACGCGACUUCAAGCAGGACUCUAG